UAUUUUCUUGUUUUUCUAAAAUGCAACGACGUGAUGGAAGAAGUGAUGGCCGUCAACAGGUUGGAAAUGGUAGAUGCCAAAAGGGUGCUGGAGGUGAAUUUCAGCGUGAUAAAGGAACUAGUGGAAAUUAUCGUGAGCAAGAUAAAAGCGGUACUGGUAGUUCUCGUGAUGUACAUGGAUCCUCCCAAGUUUAUGGCGAUAAGCUAGCAGGCAGUUCGUCGACUUCUUCACAACCAAUUGUGAAAAGUCCACUAAAUUCUGCGAGAGCUGAAGCACCUAAUCCUGAUGUUUUGCAAACUCAAAAGAUGAUAGAUGUUAACAUUGAAGAAUGGACAAGGUUGAAAAACUUGGAAACCAUGUGGAAACAGACUCAAAUCGAGACGAAGGAAAAAAUUGAUAAACUUCUUGCUGAGAAUUCUGAUCUUUACAACUCCAUUGAACUAUCAAUAAGGGAAGGUUGGACAACUAUGCCUGACAAAUCUAAGCAGGAAAUCUAUACGCCUUCUAAAUUCAUUGAAGAAGCCAAAAAAUGUCUGAAAAAGAAUCCGUUAAAUUUGAUGGAGUGCAGUGAAAAGACUUAUCAAGGUUUUGCUUCCGCUGUAGCUUUGUUUUUAAAAGACAUAGAAGUGAUUGAAUUUGGUGGAUCAAAAUUUGUUGGUAUAAAUCUACGAAGCCAUUCAGCAAUCAUCAGUAUGGGUUUUUUCUUGGCUGAUAUGGCAUCAAAUUUUUUUGACGAAUUUGAACUUGCACGUGCCGCAGGAUGCGCUCAAGACUGCUACAAUUAUUUCCAAUAUGGCUAUUUAACCCAUAAGCUAAUUGAGGAAGGCAUUGAGGAAAUAGAGAUUUACAUUAAAAAAUUGAAUAUGCUGGACAAUUACAAAAGAUUUAUUGCAGCAAAUUUAGCUACUUAUGUGAAAGAAGGAAAAUAUGAAGAAACUCAAAGAAUUCUUUAUUUUAAUAAAAAGAAGGUCAAAGACUUUAUUUGUGGAGUCGAAUAUUCAUUUGACUUGGAACUUGAUGAUAAAAAGGCAGAGGAUCUUGAGAAUAGCGUUUUGAAAUAAAUAAAAAAAUUUAUAUUAUUGGCUAAACAUUUUGUGACUUUAG